AUGCCUAAGGCUGCUACUACGAAGCGCGGUGGAAAGGAGAUCAAGAAGCGCACAAAGAAGGACCCCAACGCCCCCAAGCGUGGUCUCUCUGCCUACAUGUUCUUCGCUAACGAGCAGCGGGAGAACGUCCGUGAGGAGAACCCUGGCAUCUCGUUCGGCCAGGUCGGCAAGCUCCUCGGUGAGCGCUGGAAGGCUCUCAACGAGAAGCAGCGUGCUCCUUACGAGGCAAAGGCCGCUGCUGACAAGAAGCGCUACGAGGAUGAGAAGGCCGCCUACAAUGCUCAGGAAGAAGAGGAAUCGUCCUAA